GAGCGAGCGAGCAAGACGCAGCGCUCUCUGCUCAUGAAGCUGCUUGGGUAAGCGAAGAUGCAAACGCUCCUUCAACCUUGCAACUCCAUAUCAUCUCCAUCUUCAACCCUUCCCAUCCUCAACAAUUUCCCUCCUUCUCUCUUCGCAGUCCAAGCUCGGCGCUUCCCUUCUUCCUACCCCCUUCGCGAUUCUUGCUCUUCUCUCUCGCCGCUCUCGUCCCCGAACUUCUUCGCGAACCUUUCUUCUUCGCAUAGGACCACCCAUGUCGCCCUUUACUCUCAAAACGACAUCUUUGAUGGUUUCUCCAUAACCCAAUUGCCUCGGAAGCCCGAGAACGAAGAGCUCGAGUUGCGGAACAAGCCCUCCCCGCCGCUUUACGUGGACGAUGGCUCUGCUGCGGAAACGGAAACGAACGAACCCGCCGGUGGGUCCGGCGAAGAUGAGGCCCUGGCUCCGUUCUUGAAGUUCUUUAAGAAUAAGGAAGAUCCGUCGGAUGGCGAGGGUGAUGAGAGAGGUGUAGUAGUAGAGGUUCUUGAUGAGCAUAGCGGAAGUGAGAGUGUAGAUGAGAAGGUUAGCGUUGAGUAUUACGAGCCGAAGCAGGGUGAUUUUGUGGUCGGGGUUGUGGUAUCGGGUAAUGAGAAUAGGCUCGAUGUCAACGUGGGGGCCGAUUUGCUGGGCACAAUGUUGACGAAGGAGGUGUUGCCUUUGUACGAGAAAGAGAUGGAUCAUUUGCUGUGCGACUUGAAGAAUGAUGCGGAGGCUUUUAUGGCUCGCGGGAAGAUGGGAAUUGUAAAGUAUGAUGAGGCGAUGAGCGCAGGUCCGGGGCCAGGUAGGCCGGUGGUGGAGACGGGAACGGUGUUGUUUGCCGAGGUGCUUGGGCGCACACUUAGUGGAAGGCCUUUGCUUUCGACUCGGCGGCUUUUUAGGAGGAUUGCCUGGCAUCGAGUGAGGCAGAUAAAGCAACUGAACGAGCCUCUAGAGGUCAAAAUUACAGAGUGGAACACAGGGGGACUUCUCACAAGAAUUGAGGGGUUGCGAGCUUUCCUUCCUAAAGCAGAGUUGCUUAAUAGAGUGAACAAUUUCACUGAGUUGAAAGAAAAUGUGGGCCGCCGAAUAAAAGUGUUGAUUUCAAGGAUGGACGAGGAUAAGAAUGACUUGAUUUUGAGUGAGAAAGAUGCAUGGGAGAUGCUGCACCUACAAGAGGGGACACUUCUUGAUGGAACUGUAAAGAAAAUUUUACCUUAUGGAGCUCAGAUAAGGAUCGGUGACACUAAUAGAAGUGGUUUGUUGCAUAUCUCGAAAAUUACUGCUACCCGGAUCACUUCUGUCGGCGAUGUCCUCUCAGUUGACGAGAAAGUUAAAGUACUGGUUGUGAAGUCAAUAAUUCCCGAUAAAAUCUCUCUCAGCAUUGUGGACCUUGAAAGCAAGCCUGGUCUAUUUAUAUCAAACAAAGAGAAAGUAUUUUCCGAGGCAGAAAUGAUGGCGAAGAAAUACAGGGAGAAGCUGCCUGCCGUAAUUAGAGCUCCCAAGUCAGAGGCCUCUGCGACCGUCCAGGUACCUUUGGAUAGCGAAGCUUCACUUUAUGCAAAUUGGAAGUGGUUCAAAUUUGACAGUGAGCAAUAACACGAGUAAGUCACAACCUCGAUAUGUUGCUACGUAGCCUCACUCGAUAGGAUUCAAGAUUUUCUGUAGCUUUUUCUUUCCUGCGAGAUAGUGUAUUUAUUUAUUGCGAUUAUGAAAUCAAUAGCCAUUUUUUUCUCUAA